AGUGGAGUAUGAAUUUUAUCAGUAGGUUCGUCAGUGGCGAAUACGCUUUUGUUUCUGCCGCAUCUAGUGCUCCCAGAUAAUGGCUUAAACGGUUCAGUGCGAGAAAAGAAGGAUCAAAAAUUUUAUUAUUAGCGCAAAAUAAUAACAAAGUACUAAUACAUAUUAUUCGAAAAUGUUCGGAUCGAAUAUAGUGCAAGUUUUUAGAAUAAGUUCGAGAUGUCUGAGCUACCUCCACCAAGUAGGGAAGGAACCUCUACAAUAUAUGACUCUCGGUCAGCUGUUGGAGAAGUCAGCCCUAACUUACGGAGACAGGGACCUGAUGAAAUCCCUGCACCAAAAAAAGAAACUCACAUACGCGACAGCCCUAGAAGAGUGUGACCGUUUAGCUGCAGGAUUAUUGAAAAUUGGCCUGAAGAAAGGAGACAGGAUCGGACUCUGGUGUCCGAGCCUCAUUGAGUGGUUCACUGUCCAAUACGCUUGUGCCAGGGCUGGUUUUAUACUGGUAGCUUUAAACCCCAGUUAUCAAGUGCCUGAAAUAGAGUAUUCAAUCAACAAAGUUGGUGUCAAAUGUAUCAUAUGCCCUGACAAAGUGAGAAAAACGGAUUAUUACGACAUGCUUUGUACGCUUAUUCCUGAACUGCAGACGAGUGAAGUGGGAAAAUUAGAUUCCCCAAAAGUACCAUCUUUAAGAAGUAUAGUAUCCAUUUCAGAAGAUAGCCACAAAGGCACCUAUAAUUAUUACGAUAUAGCCAGCUGUUCAGACCAAAGCAUCAUCAACAGUAUUAAGAAAAAUCAGAACUCAAUAUCGCCAGAUUCAGCGUAUUCAGUUCUGUUUAGUUCGGGAACCACGGGUAAGCCGAAAGCAGCAGUGGUUUCACAUUUUUCCCAUGUAAAUAAUGCAAUCGUUAUUGGGAGACGCAUGGAAUUAGAUCGAAAACAACAUAAGAUUUGCAUGAUGGUUCCUUUCUUUCACUCCUUCGGCAUAAACAUAACUGUGGGAUCUUGUGUGACUUAUGGUUCAACGGUUGUUCUUCCCUCGCCGACUUAUAACCCUGAAGCUAAUUUGGCAGCCAUAAGUGAAGAGAAGUGUACAAUUGUCCAUGGUACUCCGACUAUGCAUUUGGAUCUCAUAACAGAACAGAGGAAGAAAAACAGAGAUAUUUCACCAGAAAUUGCUGUUACAGGGGGUGCUCCUGUUUCCCCUCACCAAUUCAAUACUAUGUUAGAUGUGCUGAAAUUAAAAUCAGUCAAGAGUAUUUAUGGCUUGACCGAAACAACAUGUAUGGUAUUCACGUCCAAUCCUGGCGACGAUUUGGAAAAAUCCACAGCCACAGUAGGAUUGCUUGGAGAUCAUACUGAAGUUAAAGUGGUGGAUGCUGAAGGCAAUAUAGUGCCCUUCGGUACCCCUGGUGAAUUAUAUGUGAGAGGUUACACCAUUAUGAAAGAAUAUUGGGGAGAAAAAGAAAAAACAGCUGAAACUAUUGAUAAAGAUGGCUGGCUGAAAACUGGAGAUCAGUUCGUAAUAAGUAAAGACGGUUAUGGAAGAAUAGUUGGACGACUAAAAGACAUGAUAAUUAGAGGAGGUGAAAACAUAUUUCCCAAAGAAAUCGAAGAUAUUCUCAUUAAACAUCCCGACGUUAUCGAAGUUCAUGUGAUUGGUUUGCCUGACGAAAGGCUAGGCGAAGAAGUUUGUGCUUGUAUCAAAUUGAAGCAGAAUUCUGGAGUAUCUAAAACGGACAUAAUUGAAUUCUGUAAGGAUAAAAUGGCCCACUUUAAGAUCCCGAAAUAUUUGCAUUUCGUUAACGAGUUUCCGAAAACCGCUUCUGGAAAAGUGCAGAAAUAUAUUUUGGUGAAGCAGUAUUCGAAAGAAUGAUUCUUCAUAGAGUUCUUUUUUCGUCUGACUGCAGGCCUUAUGAUAUAUCCAGAUUUCAUAACGUUGAGAUUUUUGGAGGAAAACUUGUACAUAACUAUAUAGAGGAAUGAAAUAUUCGACCAUGUAUAUAAUUAAUGCUAUGUAAGAAAAUAAAUUUUUUUCAUAAGAG